GACAUCCAUGGAUAUCUUUCUACACAGAACGUACAUUGAAGAUCCUGCCCGUUGAAUCAAAGUUGAAGCACCAAAAUGGAGCUGCUUGCCACAACUUUGUUGCUGCACCUGAACCUAGGUUAGGAAGAAACAGGAUGGAUGAUGGGUUCCUUAAUGAGGUUUCAAGCCUUUCUUCAUCAUCUGAAAGUUGCAAUUCAGAAUAUCAUAAUGUUUGUGUGUGGAUUGAUGCACUUGCCAAUGCAAUUUCACAUGUAAGGAUAUCUGAACCAAAGAGGAGCAAUUUCCAUCGUUCUAACGCAACAACGUUUGUGAACAAGAUAAAGAAACGAUUCCAAAGUGAUGAGCAUGUUUACAAAUCGUUCUUGAACAUUUCCAAUAUGUACCGCAAAGAGCAUAAGGACAUAGGUGAAAUUUAUAGUGAGGUUGCUACCCUGUUUAAGGAUCAUCGAGAUUUGCUUGAGGAGUUCACUAGAUUCUUACCAGAUAGUUUCGCAGCACCUUCUACACAGCAUGCUCCGGAUGCUCGAAAUUCAUUGCAGCGCUUUAGUGAGCGGAGUUCUAUGGCACCCAUGAUGCGGGAAAUGCAAGUAUAUCGACGAAAGAGGCUUCCUUCUCAUGAUCGUGAGCGUGAUCUGAGUGUUGAACACCCUGAGAUGGAUGAUGACAACACAAUGAUGAACAUGCACAAGAAGCGGAGGAAACGUGAGAGUAAGGAUAUAAGGAUUAAUCGUGAUCAGGAUGAGAGAGAACCUGAUAAUAAUAACAGCAGGGAUUUGAACUUGCAGCGCUUUCAUGAGAAAAAGAAAUCUGUCAAGAAAGCUGAAGGUUUUGGGUUGGCUUCAAACUUUUCUUCUAAGGAAGACAAGGAUACCUUAAAGAACAUGUAUAGUCAAGCAUUCAGUUUCUUUGAGAAAGUUAAGGAGAAGUUGAACAGUGCUGAUGACUACCAAGCUUUCUUGAAGUGCCUUCAUAAUUUUUUCGUCAGUGAAAUAAUAAAAAGGAAUGAAUUGCAAAAUUUGGUAACCGAUUUACUUGGAAAACAUCUUGAUCUUAUGGUGGAAUUCAAUGAUUUCCUGGAGUGUUUGGAAAAUAUUGAUGGGUUCCUUGCUGGUGUCAUGAGUAAAAAGUCACUAAGAUCAUCAAAGUUGGAGGACAAAGACAAAGACAAAGAGCAGAAGCGUGAGAUGGAUGGAGCUAAAGAGAAGGAAAGAUACAGGGAGAAGGAGUACAUGGGAAAAUCCAUUCAAGAACUUGACCUCAGUGACUGUAAACGUUGCACUCCCAGCUACCGGCUUCUACCUGCUGAUUAUCCAAUUCCUACAGCUAGUCAUAGAUCUGAGCUUGGUGCUCAAGUAUUGAAUGAUCACUGGGUAUCUGUGAGUUCAGGAAGUGAGGAUUACUCUUCCGAACAUAUGUGCAGGAAUCAGUACGAAGAGAGCUUGUUCAGAUGUGAAGAUGACAGAUUUGAGCUGGACAUGUUAUUAGAGUCUGUGAGUUCUGCAGCUAAACGUGCAGAGGAAUUAUAUAAUAACAUGAAUGAAAAUAAGAUCAAUACGGAGACUCUGAACCGUAUUGAAGAUUACUUUACUGUUCAAAAUUUAAGGUGCAUUGAACGUCUAUAUGGUGACCAUGGUCUUGACGUUAUAGACAUAUUGCGUAAAAACCCAACUCGUGCGCUCCCUGUAAUAUUGACUCGACUGAAGCAGAAACAGGAGGGAUGGAGUCGGUGUCGUUCAGAUUUCAAUAAAGUUUGGGCUGAAAUUUAUUCUAAAAAUCACUUAAAGUGA